CGCCGUCAAAAUCAUGGCAUAAACCCUUUUAGAACCCCAUCGUUUUAAUUAUCCAAAUUCUGAAACCCUCGACUUCACGACCAUGGCUCUCUCUAAACCCAUCUUCUUCAGCCUAGCCAAACCUCAUCGUCUCUCUUAUGUAUACCUACGCUUCCUCUCCUUUUCCUCUCCCGAAGAAGCUGCCGCAGAACGACGCCGUCGCAAACGCCAGCUCCGCAUCGAACCUCCUCUCUCUGCUCUUAAUCGCUCUCAGCCCCAACAAGCCAAGCCUCAAUCCCAAUCUCCACCUUAUUACCUCAACCCUGGCAAUCCUAAGCUCCCUGAACAUGUUUCUGCCCUCACUGGUAAUCGCCUCAACCUCCAUAAUCGCAUCCUCACACUCAUUCGCGAAAAUGACCUCGAAGAAGCUUCUCUCUAUACUCGCCAUUCCAUUUACUCUAAUUGCCGGCCCACCAUUUUUACCAUCAAUGCCGUGCUCACUGCUCUUCUUCGACAGUCUAAAUACUCUGAUCUUCUGUCUCUCCAUCGUUUCAUCACCCAAGCUGGUGUUGUUCCCAAUAUCAUAACUCACAAUCUCAUUUUUCAGACGUAUCUUGAUUGCCGAAAACCCGAUACGGCGUUGGAGCAUUACAAGCAAUUUGUCAAUGACGCCCCCAUGAACCCAUCGCCUACUACAUAUCGGAUUCUAAUUAAAGGUUUGGUGGAUAACAAUAAGCUGGACCGAGCUAUGGAGAUUAAAGAGGAAAUGGACGCCAGAGGGUUUGCGCCGGACCCAACUGUGUAUCACUAUUUGAUGUUGGGUCAUGCCAGGAAUUCGGACCCUGAUGGUGUGUUUAAGCUUUACGAAGAUUUGAAAGGAAAAUUGGGAGGGGUUUUGGAAGAUGGGAUUGUGUAUGGGAGCUUAAUGAAGGGUUAUUUCCUGAGGGGAAUGGAUAAGGAGGCUAUGGAAUGUUACGAGGAGGCUGUUGGAGAGAAUUCCAAGGUGAAGAUGAGUGCUGUUGCAUAUAAUUCGGUGUUGGAUGCACUGAGCAAGAACGGAAAGUUUGAUGAGGCGUUGAAGUUGUUUGGUAGGAUGACAAGGGAGCACAAUCCUCCAAGGCGGUUGGCAGUUAAUUUGGGAAGCUUCAAUGUGAUGGUUGAUGGGUAUUGUGGACAAGGAAGAUUCAAGGAGGCAAUAGAAGUAUUUAGAAAAAUGGGUGAAUAUAGGUGCAGCCCAGACACGUUGUCUUUCAAUAAUUUGAUUGAACAAUUAUGCAAUAAUGGAAUGCUUGUGGAAGCUGAGGAGAUUUACAGAGAAAUGGAGAGCAAGGGUGUGAACCCAGAUGAGUACACUUAUGGCUUAUUGAUGGAUACUUGCUUCAAAGAGGAUAGGCCUGACGAUGCAGCAGCAUAUUUUAAAAAAAUGGUUGAAUCUGGCCUGAGACCAAACCUGGCAGUUUACAAUAGGUUGGUUGAUGGCUUGGUUAAAGUUGGAAAGAUUGAUGAGGCGAAGUCUUUCUUUGAUCUGAUGGUCAAGAAGCUCAAAAUGGAUGUUUCAAGUUAUCAGUUUAUGAUGAACGUGCUCAGCAAUGCAGGAAGAUUGGACGAGGUUCUUGGCAUAGUGGAUACCUUGUUGGAUGACAAUGGAGUUGAUUUUGAUGAGGAUUUCCAGGAGUUUGUUAAGUCAGAGUUGAGAAAAGAAGGCAGAGAGGAUGAGUUAACCAAGCUGAUGGAGGAGAAGGAAAGGAAGAAGGCUGAAGCCAAGGCCAAGGAGGCUGAGGCAGCUGAAGCCGCAAAAAGAAGUGCAAGAGCUGCAGUGGCUUCUUUGCUUCCGUCAAAGUUGUUUGGUAAUAAGGAAACAGAUUCAGAAUCUCAACCUGAAGGUGAAGUUCAAGCUUCUAAGGAAGAGAGCACUGCUGGGACUGUUACUGAAUCAGAGUCGGCAGAGACAACAGCCGAAGCUAAGAAUUUAGGUGAUGCAGAGGAUAAAGGUGACCGUGAAGGUGCUUAGGUAUCGGCUUGAGUGAACAACUUAGAUACUUGGAUGAGAUUCAUUAAUUUCUUUAUAGUUAUUAAUUGCUAAGUAAGCCACAAGCUUUAUUCUAUGCAUUGCCAAAGUGGGAACUCUUACUGUGUGACGUGAUAUGUUCGAGCAUAGGGAUUAAAAUGAUGUGUUCUUGAAGUUAUCGUGAUUAUCAUGUUCAGUAAGGGUGUUCACAGGACAAGACCAGAACAGCCUCGUCCUGUGAAGGGACAUGGUUCAGCUUUUCCAGACCAUGUCUCCCCUGCCUAUAUCUGUACCCGAAUAUACAGCCAUCAAACGUGUGUGUAUGCUUCUAUGAUUGAAUGAUAUAGUAUUUUCAACCUCUAUCUUGCCUUGCUAUUCUUCUCUCUUCUUAUAACCCUCCGCUCCUCUUAUUCUAUCUUGUCUUUCUUUCUCUUCCCCUUUCUAUACCUUCUCAAAUACUAGGUAUAACAUUUUUUUAUCCAAAAAUGGUAACAAAUAACUCUACCAAAAUAUGAUCCCUUCCGCAAUUAACAAAAGAGAGACUUCUUUUCCUCUAUUAGACAAAGGUAUUAUUACGUUAGACAAAGAGAAUUUUCCAGUCGAUAUGAAAAAAUUUCCCACAUGAUGACCAUUCUCCCAGGGAAAAUAGUGAAAGCUAUAGGAUGGCCAAAAAAGACGCUGCCACCAAGAAUAAAGAGCCUUCACAAAUAUCUCAAAUUGCAUAAAGGAUGAAUGUUAUUGCAACUGUUCUUAGCAAAUGAAAUUAAGUAUUUAAAGCAGACAUGCCCUGCAAAUUUCGAAGUAAGAAACUCUUAAACUGAUUCGAGAUUGAGGAUGUCAUGAAGAGAAGAUUCUUGACAUUUAUUGUUUUCUCAUGAAUGAUGUGGCCAAACUCAAGAUAGUUAUUCAAUGUUCACUUUGUUGUUGUGUAAGCAAGUGAUUAUGAAGAUGGUUUUCGAUUCUAAUAUUAGAAUUUUGUUGCUUAGGAGGAGAACUGGAUGGCACUGUGUCUCUUUUGAUUGUGGUAUUUGACGUUUGUUUAGUGCCAUGCUUAAUGAUAUUUUGUAAGUAUAAUUAUAAUUAUUGGAUAUUAGCCAUCAAUUAUACUUAAAAAAUUUAAAUAAUUAUAAUUUU